CCUCAUUUAUCAGCUGUUCAUUUCAUUGCCCCUUUUAUGUAUCUCAGAAUUUUCCAAUUGCACCCCAUAUUAAUGUAUUCUACAUUCCACUUGUAGCAUUUCUUACAUCUUAGUUUUGGUAAAGUUUAUUGCUUCAUUUAAACUGGACUUCUGUUGACUCUUAGGAACUGAAUGCACAUAUAGAGAAAGGCAUGGGCCGAAAACUAGCUGAUCGUUGCUCCAGUGCAGUGAAUUCAUCCAUACAGAACGCACAAGAAGACAUAAUAGGUAAGCUUUGUAUAUAAUGCUUUGUAUGCGUGUGUCUAUACACAUGUAUAUUCACAUAGCCACUUUUUUUUAAUUUUUUUAUUACAUUGAUGUAAUUUGUUUUCUAAAUUUAUUUUGUGUGUGACUUUAUUUACUUCUUGUACAUAUUCUAUAUAUGUUCAAUGUUGCAAACAAGAUCCUUUUUAGUAUACACUCUAUUGGGACACCUGACCAUUACACCAAACGGCACUUUUAUGACAUUGCAUUCUGGAUACAUAUACAGGGAUGAAAGUUCUUAUUGUAAAGGUGGCAUCCUGUCACAGUACCAUCUUCAACUCACGGAGUUCUAAAGAAUGACUAAUUUUUUCACAAAUUUUUAUAAAUGCAGACUGCAUGGCUAGCUGCUUGAUUUUAUUCACCUGUGGCAAUACCUGUGAUUGAAACACCUGAAUUAAUUAAUUAAGAGGUGUGUCCCAAUACUUUUGUCUAAAAGUGUAUAUUGCCAAAUAACCUUGUGCAUGUUUUGUUUGACAGAAAAGCUGAAGCCUUUGCUGCCCUCCAGUGUUGAAAAAGAAAUUUACACAUCCUUACCAUGUAGAAAGUUUGAUCUCAGCUACAAUCUAAACUGUGAUAAGUUGUGCGCGGAUUUCCAAGAAGACAUUGCCUUUCGCUUUUCCUUUGGCUGGACAUCACUUGUUAAUCGAUAUCUGGGGGAAAAGAAUGCCCGCCUCUUAUUGGCAUUUGCAGAACCAACAUUACAGGUAGUCACUUUAUCCUAACUAGAUCUAUAAUCAUGCAAUGAUCUAACUUCUCCUCAUCUAAUUAUCUCUCCACCUUCGCAUUCAGUAUCAAGUAAGUAGAAAACUGCAGGAUAGUAGGGGCUAUCAUUUCUUAACUUUUCAAUAAGUUGUAAUUUCUGCACAGUCUUUGUACAACUCGACCAAUAGUGAACUUGCCAAGCAUUAACCAAGUUAUUAAUGAGGGUGUGGAAAAAAAAAACACAACUAUUUAUCUUUUUCAAGGUACCUCGGCCAGUCACUACCCCUUCUGCAAAUGGUAUGCCUGCUAUGUCACCACAGUCUGCAACCCAGGAGGAGCUCAUGUUCUCAUUAAUGUCUGGCUUGGCAUCACUAACGUCAAGGGGGUCCGUGGGAGUCAUUAUAGUAGGAGGAGUGGUAAGUACUGAAAAAAUAAAAUACUUAAAAGCUCCAGCUGACUUUUUCUGUUUGUGAUGUAAAGUUAUUUAAAAUUGAAUAACAUAUUGGAUACUUUGGCAGAAAUUUUCUUCAUAUUACAAAAAAAUACCAUCCUUUAUAAUCUCUCUUGUGGAAAUACAACCUGGUUAGCAGUUUUGAGCCUUUAGUUCUUCCCUGUCCAAGUACUUUAAAAGAGGAAGGACUUUUUGCUUGAACUUUGGAAAAGUCGUUGAAUUAAAUCCAAAUUCUUGUGAUGGCAUUCUUACUUGUUUUCUACCCAAACCAUCUUAAAUAUUAUAUAGAAUAUCUUAAGGAUACAAGUCUAAAGUGUUAAUGUAGAUUAAAGUGUGCCCACAAUUAUGUGAUACUUUGUAAUGGUAUGUAUGAAAGCCUUAGAUUAGAUGUGCCUGUGUUAAAAUCCAUUGUCUUGUCUUGUUUACAUUUUGAAAUUUCUGUUCCUUUACAACAGUGCACCCCUAAACAAUAACAUAUUGUAUUAAAGGCAGUGCAGAAUAUUGUAAUAUGCCAACAUUGUCUAUUGUAGAAGUCCCAGGAAAACCAGCUAUUUGCAUUUUUAGGCAUAUGUGUUGUUGAUGUGUUAUUAGUAAAGUCUAAUAUUUUUAAUUUCCUUGGAUAUUUUUACAGAUUUGGAGAGCUGUGGGCUGGAGGCUGAUAGCCGGUUGUUUAUUGGGUUACGGUGGAUUAUACUUGUAUGAGAGGCUAACGUGGAGCACAAGAGCAAAGGAAAGAACAUUCAAACAGCAGUUUGUAAACUAUGCUGCCAAAAAACUGCACAUGAUUGUAAGCAUCACGAGUGCAAACUGCAGUCACCAAGUUCAAAAGUAAGUGAUUUCAGCUGGGGUCUAUAUUGUUUUUUAACAUGAACCUUGGUAGAUGCUUAGACGCUUGGAUGUUGAAAUUUGUAAAUUUUCUUCACAUAUGUUUAUGUUCUGUGCAGAGAGCUGGAAAACACUUUUAUCCAUUUAUGUCAGCAAGUUGAUAUCACAGAAAGAGAACUCAUCAAGUCAAUCAAUAACCUAACUGAUGAAAUAAAACAGCUGGAAGGGAUCCAGAGCAACUCCAAGGUUUUAAGGUAUGGAAGCUGUGUAAAAUGUUAUACAAUAUUGAUGGUAACAAGAUGUUAGGUGCUGUUUUAUUCAUGUAAUUGUUUACAAACCCCAUGCUUUAGCUCAGGAUGUAUGUGUUUUGGAUGGGUUUUAUGUUAGUUUGUUUUGGGUUGGAGGAGGUGUGUGGAUUUGUGUUUUUAUAUUUUGUUUUAUUUUUAUCUAUGGUUAUUUAAGGGUAGAGAUAGUGGGUAUUUCUCUUAAGCCUUUGUGCAGUGGUAUGUACCCACACACUUACAACUUUUUAUUUCUGAAUUCUGAACUAAAGAGGGUUGAGAGAUUUUUGUGCUAUCUUUCCGUUAGUCCCAUGGACUCUUCCUUUAAAAAAUAAAAUAAAAAAAUGAAUCAAAAAUAUUACACAAAGGGAAUCUGUUAGGAAAGUGUUGUGACAAACCUCCUUCAGGUCUCAAUGGAAAUCCUUAAAGUAACUUUGCUUGUAUGCUAGUAAAUCUUAUAGAUUGUUUUUUUUUUUUGUUUUUUUUUUUAUAAUUGUUUUAAUAUUUUUAUUCUGCAGAAAUAAAGCAACACACCUCGAAGCUGAACUAGACCAGUUCAUCAAGACAUUCCUUCACCAGAGCAAGUAAAGUCACAGUAUGCAGUGGCUGAUGCCCAGCCAAGUUGGGAACAUGACUUGAAGAGCUAAGGGGAUACUGAACGUAUGCAAACUCGUUAUCCUUGUUAAUAUCUUCCUUUUGUUAGUCUGCUCCAAACACAGGGAACUAUACACAGUGGAAUAAUCUAGGCUUUUGGAACUGCAAGACAUGCAGUUUGAGAAAAUGGUACAAUAUGAAAAGUACUGGAAUAUCGAAUGGACUGAACUUUAAGACUGUGUAUGAAGUGCACAUAAAGGUACAACAUAUAACAGUUACUAGUUUUGGCAGCCAUUGAUCUUCGUAUCAAAGAUCCAGUAUGGUUAUUGAUAUCAACUGAAUUUUUUUUUCGACCUAGAUUAAUAUGAAUGUAGCUGACCUAUAAAAGUUCUUAAAGUCCAGUCAUUCACGCAAGUUGAUACCAUUAUAUAAAUAGUUUUACUUUAUUUUCAAAGGAGACUUUUAUUAAUGUUUCUCUUUUUUUUUUUUUCUUUUUUUUUUUUACACAGUUGCUCUUUUAUUUGAAUAUCGUUUCCACAUACACCAUUGUACUAAAAUGUGAUCCAAAGUUCAGAAAUAGUAUUAUUUACAAAAUAAUGUAUUUAUUUCAAUGCACACAAUAUUAUCAAUUGCCUAAUGCAGGACUUAGUGUUAAGCUGA